AUGAAGAUCCUAAGCCUUAACUUCCUGACCUGCGCGGUCAAGGCCUGCAAGAGCUCGUCGGACUCGUACCCGCUGCACCCCAAGGACGCAGAGCUGGUGCAGGACGAGAUCGAGGUCAACGCCCAGCUGCUGGUCAACCUGCUGCCCCGCUUAGACUGGACUGCGCUCUCCACCACGGCGACGGAGCUCGGCUUCCCAGCCCUCCCACCGCAGCCCCCCUCGGCCGAGGACCUGCAGGCCGACGACAAGACGCUGCGGGACCUGCACAACCUCCUGAUGGAGACGCAGAUCAUGGAGGGCAAGCUGGUGUGCGGCAACUGCGGGCACGAGUACGCUGUGCGCGAGGGGAUUGCGAAUUUUCUGCUGCCGAGCCACCUGGUCUGA